AUGUACCCCCGAUUGGCGUUGAAUACCCUCCCCGUAGAACUUCUGUAUGAGAUACAGCAAUUCGCAACGUCCGAAUCUCUUCCUCUGAGCUCCAGGCAUUUCUAUGCCGUCUUCAAGUCGGCUCCCACUUCAGUCCACGCGCAAUAUCUCAUCGGCCGCUACCUGCAUCACUCCGAGUAUGCCAGAGCCGGACUCGCGACUAUCGUCCUACGCUAUCCCAUCUGUACUCAAUCGGUUCUCGAGGCGAUCUUCCGCAGUCCGGACUGCCCCGCAACUCAUUUGCAAAACGGGCGUACCGCGACAGAAUUACCGAGGAGAUUAUUCCGAACAUUGACACCGCGGCUGUCUAAUCGGCCUUCGCGAAAACGAAAACGAGGAAGCGACGUUAAUGGCAAUUGGAGCGAAGAUGACGAGCCUAUACCUUUCCUUCGAUACCUGUACGAUCAUCCGCGUAUUCCGCCACCCUUUACGAAUUCUUACGACGGAUAUGCGCUGACGAAAGCUGUACACGUCGGUUUCGUUCCACUCGUACGCUUUCUCCUCGACCACGAUGCCUCUCCUGCGCGUAAAGAUGGCCUAGCAGUGAUGGUCGCAAUCCGCCGGAAAGACCUUGCUUUAGUGCGCAUGCUCAUUGAACCAGACAGCCAGGCUGACCAGAGACCUAAAGCAAAACCACGAGAGGGUAAUGACACGAAAGAAUACCUUAGUUCCAAGAGAAGAAAGCUCGAAGAUCGGAUGAUAGUCAGCCAAGCAAUGCUCAAGAUGGCAGUGAAGUGUGAUGCUAGGGAGAUUGUGGACUAUUUUAUGAAAGAGAAAGGCUGCAUUCCUGAUAUGCAGACGGUUUUGACAAUGGCACCUAGCAAGUGA